AGAAGCGCAGAAGACGAAAUCAAAACCAGAAGAAAUAUAUAUUUUUUAAACUUUAUCUUGUAACUGCUGGGAUUUGACUCCACGUUUUGCUGCUUUGGAAAUUGAUUUUGUUUUUUUUGGUUUUUUUUGUUGUUGUUUUUUGCGUGCGUUUAAAAAGUGUACCUCAUUAGACUCUAAUCUAAACCUACGCGAUGUUUCCAGAGGCAAACAAAGGGUUCAGCUACGAGGACUGCAAGGCCACUGCCGAUUGGCUGCUGUCCCAGACAGACGUCCGACCCACCGUGGGCAUCGUAUGCGGCUCAGGGCUCGGAGGGCUGGCUGAAAUGUUAAAGGACCAGGUAGCCUUCAACUACAAGGACAUCCCCAACUUUCCGCAGAGCACCGUGCACGGACAUGCGGGGCUGCUGGUGUUCGGCACUUUGAAGGGGAGGCCAUGUGUUUGCAUGCAGGGGCGCUUCCACCUGUAUGAGGGCUACCCAAUCCAGAAGAUUACACUGCCCAUGCGAAUCUUCAAGCUGCUCGGUGUGGAGACAGUGAUGCUGACCAACGCAGCCGGAGGCCUCAAUCAGGACUUUAAAGUGGGAGACAUCAUGAUCAUCAAAGACCACCUCAACCUGCCCGGCUUCGCUGGCAACAAUCCUCUGGCGGGACACAACGAUGAAAGGUUCGGCGUGCGUUUCCCCUGCAUGUCCGACGCAUACGACAGAGAGCUGCAGCAGCUGGCCAUGGAUGUGGGACAGGAGCUCGGCUAUGGAGACUUCCUGAGGGAGGGCGUCUACUGCGUGCUGGGCGGACCCUCGUUCGAGACCAUUGCUGAGUGCCGUAUGCUGCACAAACUGGGCGCCGAUGCUGUUGGCAUGAGCACGGCCCACGAGGUGAUUGUUGCGCGUCACUGCGGCAUGCGUGUCUUCGCCCUCUCGUUGAUCACCAACCAGGCGGUGAUGGACUACGACAGCGCGGAGAAGGCCAAUCACGAGGAGGUCCUCCAGACAGGGAAGCAGCGGGCGGAGCAGCUGGAGCGGCUGGUUUACACCAUGGUGACCAGGAUCGAGCACAACAACAACUACGCCUAAGAGACGCCAUGCUGCAUUAGGGGCACUCAUGCUAGUCAGAUGCUAAAGUUUAGCCCUGUAGUGUCACUAAAGGAGACUUAAAGUGGUUAUGGUUCAGAUUUAAUGCUAUUGUGCAUAAGAAAAUCCCACUUAGUUUAUUAUUUAGGUGAGGAGUUGGGCUACUUUUAGUCUUAGGUCAAAAGGUGAUAGCAUCGUACUCCUCUGAAGAAUCUCACUUAUAUAAAAAUAUGCAGAACGCACACAUCGUUUGCUUUCAUGUCACUGUGCCUUAUCUGACACUUACAUUCCUCUCUCCGGCGGCUCCAGAUGAAAAAGCCAAUUUUCAGUUUUUUUGUAUCAUUUUAAAAUAGGCAUAUUUGUUCUAACUUAAUAUAUGAUCAGCUUGUAUAAAUGUCUGCAAUUUAACUUAUCAAUGACCCAAAAUCUGCUGUAAAGAUCUUAAUUUUAUGUUGUUGAAAUGUUUACAUUAGUGGACUAAAGGUAUUUUACUGUGAUGUUUUGUUUUUUUUUUAAUAUG